AUGAAGCAAAACUGGAAACUCCACAUCGGAAAGCAGGCACAAAAGGCAAUCGCAACUUACUGGGCCUGCAGGAGGAUGUUUGGAACUACGUGGGGACUUAAACCAAGAAUGGUCAGGUGGAUAUUCACCGCAAUCUUGGUACCCCAAGUAACAUAUGCCUCUGUUGUAUGGUGGACGUCUAUGACGAAACAAUGCAACAGGAGGCACCUGGAGAAGAUCCACCGCCUAGCAUUGCUCGGGAUGACUGGGGCCUUCCGCACCACACCGACAAUGGCAAUGGGGACACUCAUGGACCUGGCACCACCACAUAUCAUGGUGGAAGCAGGAGCCAGGAGCACAGCCAUAAGACUAUUCUUAGCAAGCAAGUGGAAGAUGGCGUCAACGGGCCACGCGUCUAUCCUUAGGGAAUUCAGGGAACCAGGAGGGGCCUUAACUCUAGGGGGAGACGCGUGCGACCCGACAUACCAUUUUAAAAACAGCUUCCGGGUAAACAUCCCAUGCAAGGCAGCGUGGGAAGCAAACCGGGAGGAACUCCUCACUCCGGAAGGGCUGAUCUGGUAUACGGACGGCUCCAAAACCAAGUCGGGUACCGGAGCAGGAAUCUGGGGAGAGAGGCCCAGGGCAGAGAUAGUAAUGUCCCUGGACCCGCACGUAUCCAUCCUUCAAGCGGAAGUGUUUGCCAUAUGGGCAUGUGCCAAGUUGUGCUUGGAACGGAACUAUAGGGACAAGCACAUCUACAUCUGUAGUGACAGUAAGGCUGCGCUUGGAUCCAUACGUGCUACGAUAGUGCGAUCCAUGCUGGUACAAGACUGCACGGACAUGUUGGAACGGCUGGCUAAUAACAACAACCGCGUCAACCUAAUCUGGGUACCUGGACAUGCAGGUAUCCCGGGAAACGAGAAGGCGAAUAUGCUGGCAAGGGAAGGAGCUAGAAGGCCCAGCCCAGACACAGCAUACCGCAUAGGUGUCGAUAGAGGGACGGCAAAGGAGAUGGUGAGGGAGUGGGCGUGUACCCAAACCCACCUGACCUGGAGCAGUACUCAAGGAAUGAGACACACUAAGGCCAUGUUCAAAGGGCCAUCGUCAAGGCUAGGCAAGACUGUGAGUCGCCUAGACAGAAACCAACUGCGUUUGCUCGUGGGGCUCAUUACUGGGCACUGGUAUACGAGGAAACACUUGAUGCACCUAGGAAUCGGCAGCGAACCAAGGUGCCCCAGAUGUGGAGAGGAGGAUGAGACUCCUAUCCACCUGAUAUGGCGUUGCAGAGGACUGGAGGCCCUAAGGCGAUCAUGUUUUGGGGCUGCCACCCUUGACGACGCACGUAUAGAGGACAUUGGAGUGGGAAGGCUUCUGGGCUUUGCCAAAGAGGCCGGCCUACACAAUACACCUCAAUCUUAG